ACAUAUUCAAUAACAAGUUGAAUCAACCAAGAGUUUCAUUUUUCAUUCUGUGAACGAAACACCUAAUAAAGUAUUAAGAUGUCAGAUUUCAUACUUCGCCAGCUUUUUGAACCUGAAUCUAGCACGUAUACGUAUCUUUUGGCUGAUCCUGAGACUAAGGAAGCCGUUUUAAUUGACCCUGUCAUCGAAAAAGUUGACAGGGACGUGAUGCAAGUGACCGACCUAGGCCUAAAGUUGAUAUAUGCUUUGAACACGCACGUUCAUGCUGAUCACGUAACCGGCACAGGUUUGCUUAAAAAGAGAAUUACUACCUGCAAAAGUGUCAUAGCUAGGGUCAGCAAGGCAAGGGCGGACGUAUAUCUGGACCACGGAGAUACAAUUAAAUUUGGUCGCUUUGAAUUGGAAGUAAGAAGUACACCUGGACAUACGGAUGGAUGUCUUACUUAUGUUCUUCAUGAGAAAAAAUUAGCAUUUACAGGUGAUGCUCUCCUUAUAAGAGGAUGUGGAAGGACAGAUUUUCAACAAGGAAAUUCAGAGUCUCUUUACAAUUCGGUUCAUUCUCAGAUAUUAUCAUUACCAAAGGAUUAUCAAUUAUAUCCUGCUCAUGAUUAUACUGGACGAAGUGUUACAACAGUUGAGGAAGAAAGUCGUCUUAAUCCAAGACUGACUAAAUCUCUUGAAGAAUUUAUACAGAUUAUGAAUAAUCUUAAUUUACCUUAUCCUAAAAAAAUUGACCGAGCCUUGCCAGCUAAUAUGAUUUGCGGACUACAAGAUUGA